AAAUAUAAUGACAGUGUAAAAUUUUAAAAAAAUUCACAACUAAAGAAAAUAAUUUAAAAAUGAUACGUUUAUUUAAAGAAGUUGAUUUCAAAGAUAAAUAUUUAAUAAUUCCUUCUGUAUCUGUUGGAAAUAUUGGUCAAUUAGCAAUUGAUUUACUAAUAUCAAGUUUACAAUUGGAAAAAAUCGGAACAGUUUGGAGUACGGCACUAAUACCAAUUAUUGGUACCGAUCCAUACAAUACAAAUUCUGAUUUAUUAAGUACAGCAUGUGAAUUAUAUUCAUCACCCGGUGGAAAUUUUGUGGUUUUACAAAUUCGUUCUGGUAUUGAGAAGAAAUAUGCAAAAGUGUUUUUAUCAAACUUAUGCGAAUUGAUUCAAGAGCAUAAAUUUCGUGAAGUGAUUUUACUAACAAGUUGUUUUGCAUUUGAGAAACAUAAUAUACAAUCAUCACCGUUUCGAUAUAUUGCCAAUGAGCAAAUGUUGUCAGAACAUUCGGAUAAAUUUCAAUCGUUAGGAUGGGUAGCGUUAGAGAAGAAUGCUGAUAAUUCAGCUAAUGAUGCUGCGUUGUAUACGAUUAAUGGUGGUGGAUUUGCGUUGAAAUUAUUUCAUGAGUUAACGUGUAGAAAGAUUAAAACAUUAUUAAUUAUGAAGUAUUGUUCGGAAGGUGAUAAUGUACCGGAUAGUUUGGAUAUUGUCAAAUACUUAGAUGAUUACUUACGAAUGUUUGAUAAUUUGAAUCAACAAAUUACGUUUCCACCAUCAUGGGAUUUGCUGUUUGGAGGACCACCACCGAUUGGAAUUUAUUAAAUUAUUUAAUUGAUUCAAAU